UUUAUGCUUGGAGAUGCCCUAAAACCUUGGUUUUUUGGGGAGGAUCCAUAACAUGACCAUCCCGCCAAAAUGUCAAUCUUUCUUCACAGGCAAGUCUUGGCUGCCCUGUAAGCUUCAACUCCGAUCCGAUCGAUCCAUGGCCGCAUUCAGUGCCGUCAAGUCCUCCAGGCUCAUCUCAUGGAGAUCGACUGGCAGGCUUCAGCAAACCCUAGCGGGCUGCGUAGAGCUGAGUGGGAAGACUCUACACUCUGGAAAGAUUUGUGAAGUGAAGAUAUGGCCGGAGUUUGCAGGCUGUGGGAGGUACUUUGACUUUCAAUCCAAAUUGGUGCCUGCAUCGGUCGAUUUUGCCGAGGAAUCGCCUCUGUGCACAACUUUAUGUAAAGAUGGUUUCCGAGUUCGUACUGUUGAGCACUUACUUUCAGCGUUGGAGGCUAAAGGUGUUGAUAAUUGCAGGAUUGAAAUUAAAAGUUUGGAUUCUGAAGUUGGCGAUGUAGAGGUUCCUAUUUUGGAUGGGUCAGCAGGUAAGUGGGUGGAGGUGAUAGAACAAAUGGGUCUGAAGGUUGCAGUUGAUCAGUCUGGCAACAGUUGUGAUAAAUUGGCGCCAUAUUUGAAUGAACCUAUGCAUGUUUGGAGGAAUGAUUCUUUUGUGGCUGCAUUCCCUUCACCUAAGGUUCUUAUCUCCUAUGGAAUUGAUUUUCCUCAGGUACCUGCCAUUGGCUGCCAGUGGUUUUCUUCUGCUCCGUUCAAUGGCUCUUUCUAUGCCAAACAAAUUGCUUCUGCAAGAACCUUCUGCUUGUAUGAGGAGGUGGAACGAAUGCAUGAUGCUGGACUAAUUAAAGGUGGCUCGCUGGAAAAUGCUAUCGUUUGUAGUGUCAGUAAAGGUUGGUUGAACCCACCACUUCGUUUCCCUGAUGAACCUUGUCGCCAUAAGGUAUUGGAUCUCAUUGGUGACCUUUCCCUUUCUGCGACGUCUGGAAGUCAAGGGUUUCCCGUGGCCCAUAUAGUUGCUUACAAGGCUGGCCAUGCAUUAAACGCUGCUUUUGCCCGUCUUAUCAAGUGAACUAUUUGAAUGCUCCUCUGAGAGAACAAAAGGGUAUAUGGCGCUCACAUUUGGUAAGAACAGAUAAACGUGGUCACUGUCUUAUAACUCUAUUUAUUGAAGAUGGUGCUGCUUAUCAAUUUA